UAGUUGCAAAUGACAUGUGUGUUCACUUCGUGUUUGCUUUUCCUUUACUGUUUCUCUCUCUUUCUAUCUCUCUCUCUCUCCCCCCUUUCAGCAGUUUCCUCCAUUGCAAACCAAGCUUCCAUUCAAGCUUUCUGAGGGGCCCCUAUCUAUUCUCCACAUACAUACAAGACCCACUAACCAUUUCACCCAUCUCUGCCUUUUUCCCCAAAAAUCAUCCAUUUUAUAUUAAAGUCUCUCUUUCUUUCUCUGUACACAUUUGCUUUUGAACAUUAGAUUUUUCUCUGGCUUCCUUUGCCGUUUCUUUUUAUCAUUCACCGAGUUUUUUUUUGCCACCACUUGUGCUUCUAAACUACUCAUCUAUGCAACUGUGCCUUUUUAGGCCUCUGGUUUGGUGGGUUUGUAUUAUUUGAAGACUGACGUCUACAUUGGGCCAUCUAUGCUUAUUGAAUUUCACUUGCAUCCAAAAAGGGAAGCCCUUUCUUUGCUUUUGUUGAUGCUCGAGGAAGAAGAUCAAGGGGGCUAGCUUAUACCCUUGGAUCGCUGCAAAGACAUUUUUCUGGUACCCAGGUGGGCAUGUGUUGAUUUAUUGGCAUAUUAAGCGUGACCACCAAAUACAAUUUUGACUGUGGAGGAUCACAGAUGUCGUCUGAGAGUCUGAAUGCAGAAUUAUCAAAGAAGACAUCAAUUUUGGGUUUAAAAUUGUGGGUGUUAAUUGGAGUAUCUGUUGGAGCUUUUAUAAUUUUGAUUCUCUGUAUCCUGUCUGUAUGGGUUACGUUUCGGCGGAGAACUAGAAGAUCAGUGGACAAGUUCUCACUUUGUCAAAUACCAAAUGUGUCGAAGGAUAUCAAUGUUGACAGGGUUGGGGCUCAGAGUUUCAAUGAUCACCCCGGAAGUUUAUACCUCACCGUCCAUGAUAAAUCAACAGAUAAGAACUCAGAAAAGACACCAGUUUUGGGAAUGAGCAAAUCGAGUGAUGCUGAUAACAUCAGCCAAACUAGUUCAAUUUAUCAUCAUGAAAGAGGAUUUAGUUCGCACUCAGGGGAAGAAGGAAGCUCUGGGACUGUGAAGAAGCAGUCUUCAUUGUCAUAUGCAGGACUUGUGACAGCCUCCCCUUUAGUUGGCCUGCCAGAAAUUUCACAUCUUGGAUGGGGCCACUGGUUCACUCUCAGGGAUCUUGAGUUUGCAACAGACCGUUUUGCAGCAGAGAAUGUGAUUGGUGAGGGUGGUUAUGGGAUUGUUUAUAGGGGUAGGCUAAUCAAUGGAACUGAGGUAGCUGUGAAGAAGCUUCUUAACAAUCUAGGACAAGCAGAGAAAGAAUUUAGGGUUGAAGUGGAGGCCAUUGGUCAUGUUCGUCAUAAGAACCUAGUACGGCUUCUUGGCUACUGUAUUGAAGGAGUGCACAGGAUGCUGGUGUAUGAAUAUGUUAACAAUGGCAAUUUAGAACAAUGGCUACAUGGAGCAAUGUGCCAUCUUGGUACCCUGACAUGGGAGGCUCGCAUGAAGAUUCUUCUUGGCACUGCUAAGGCGCUUGCCUAUUUGCAUGAAGCAAUUGAACCAAAGGUUGUUCACCGAGACAUAAAGUCAAGUAAUAUCUUGAUCGAUGAUGAGUUUAAUGCUAAGGUUUCUGAUUUUGGAUUGGCCAAGCUCCUAGGUUCAGGAGAAAGCCACAUCACAACUAGAGUUAUGGGUACAUUUGGUUAUGUUGCGCCAGAAUAUGCUAAUACUGGCUUGUUAAAUGAGAAGAGUGACAUUUACAGCUUUGGUGUACUGCUGCUAGAAGCAGUCACUGGAAGGGACCCUGUGGACUAUAGCCGGCCUGUUAAUGAGGUCAAUCUUGUUGAGUGGCUAAAGAUGAUGGUGGGGACAAGAAGAGCUGAGGAAGUUCUGGACCCAAAUCUUGAAGUUAAACCAACAACACGAGCUUUAAAACAUGCUCUUUUAGCUGCAGUUAGGUGUGUUGAUCCUGAUGCAGAAAAGAGACCCAAAAUGAGUCAGGUUGUGCAAAUGCUUGAAGCAGAUGAGUACCCUUUUCGUGAGGACCGAAGGAACAGAAAGAGUCGUACGGCAAGCAUUGAAAUUGAGUCCAUGAAGGAAUCAACUGACAUGGAAAACAAGGUGGGAGAUUCAGAGAGCAAUUUCUCUGAAAUGAAUCGUGGAUAGGACUGACAAAAUUGAUCCAGAGGAAGAGUUGCUUUCUCAUCUCCUAUUUCAAAGUCUUAAAAUACAGCUAAAGUUUCAUCUUGACUUCCCUGUAUGCAAGGGAGGAAAUGGAUACAAGAUUAGCCUAUUUAGACUGUGUAGUGAUCACCAUCUCUCUUGUUGGAGUUUCCUUCAUCAGUAUGGAUUGAUGAAGAGAUGUUUUUGAUGAUAAAAAAAAAAAAAAAAGAGGCAAGAAUUGUUGGACAAGGGGGAAGAGAGCUUUCUUGUUGUACAGAUGUUUCCUUCAUCACUUGCUUUUUGUUUCUCACUUUACCGUUGUUGUUCUUGGGAUGGUGAAUGACUUAUUUGGUCUCACUUUCCUUUUACUUAUUAUGUUGUCGUAAUUUAAUUAUUUUGUAUUAGGCAUCAAUACCCUUUUCCCUUUAUUGAUUCAAUCCAUGUUUCUUUAUAUGUUGGCAUUUUAA